AUGACCCAAUUGAACUCUGCAUCCUCAACAACAGACCUUACAGCAACAACAUCAGGGACAACAACCCCCGCAGGCACAGACCCAACUGGCUUAUUCUCUCAUACCAACACCUCCACAGCUGCUCCUUCUGUCAGCCCUGUCCAAAAUCCUCCCUCUGUCCAUAUGUCGUCCCCUCCUCACAAGCCCAGAUUCACCCGCUCCCCUACGCCAUAUACCCUCCAGGACAUGGACAAGGACAUGGACGACAGCGGGGAUAACCAUCAGUCGAAAUCAUCUCUCCAGAGAAGCUCUUCUGCGGCGACUGAUAUCAAUCUCAUUCCUAAUUCCAUCAGCAAUACCAGCAGCAGCAGCAGUACCACCAGCCACCACAGUUCUAAUAUCAGCAACAGCGACAGUGGGAUGAAGAGCUACACCUACCUCGAAAACGACGACAACAACAACACUCCUUCCAGCAGCAAAGAUAAUAAUAACGACUACAAGAAACCAACAGCUGGGUGGACGCUCUUUGCGCAAUUGGCCAAGAUGACGCCCGAGGAGGUGGAGUUGAUCCGACUGACAAAGGCCAACACUGCAGCCAACAAGCAAAUAUGCGCUGUGCCUGUCACGCUUGAUCCUACUAUUGUUGUCCAGUCCAACUCCAGCAGCAGCAGCAGCAGUAGCGUCGGAUCAUCCGAAACCUUAUCAAGAAAGUCGUCCCUGUCACCGCCAAAGUCUGUCCAGAUCGACGAGUCCAAGAACAUAGUCUUUUCUUACCGAUCUAGCUCCUCCAUUGAAAAGGACUAUAUUCCUAUAAUGGACGAAGACACCUACAGUCGCCUUUCCUCACGAGAUAUUGUCGACUGGAAUCUCCCGUACGUGGGGUACGCCGAUUACAAAAAUCGAAUCCUCUCCCAGAAGAGCUUUAGCAACACCGCUGUCUCCUCCUCGCCGCCUUCAUCUACUUCGUCUCCCUGGUACCAGUCUGCAUCUGUCGAGAACAACAAGGGGUCAUCAUCAUCGUCAACUCUAAGCCCAAGCUCGAGCAGCUGGACCCCUGAGGCAGGCGGUUCCUUGGACAGCGUCCUCAGCGAUAACGGACCCAACACACUUGCGAACAUUGCUUCCAGCCUUGAUACCCUCUGGUCUCCGCCUAUGCUUCGUCGUACAUUCUCAGAAGUCUCGUCUGCGAGAAGGGGUCCCAGAUCUUCCCUCUCUGUAACUGGCAGUUCUGCUGGUGCUGCGGGUACUAGUGAGGGUAAGGAGUCUAGAGUUCGGAGAGUCCCGGUGCUGCGACGUCAAGCGUCGAUGCCCUUAUUGGAGUACGAGAUGUCGGAAGAGAGCUCCUUCUUGGAGCAGCCGCCAGUCUGGAGCCCCUCCCUCUCUCAGCCUCAGGAAUCGGUAGCGAAGGAACCUAUGGAUGAUACUGCUACUCUUGCCUUUCAAGAAUCCGCCACGACAGCUCAGAGCGAAAGCAACGAGGCUGCCAUGAUGGAAGUCGAACCUGAGGUUCCAGCCGAUACCCUCACAACCCCAGGAACACCUACGACACCAGCCUUUGGAUCGACCCGAGGCAGCAGGGGUGUCAUCCGUCGACAUGACACGCGCCAGCUGCACCACCCCUACCGACGACGCGUUCCAAGUACUACCGCGUCUCAAGACGGAUCUGUCGACGAGUCUAUCCUUCACCUCCCUGCGCAAUUCCGUCGAUCCGCUUCAUUUUCUGGAACCACUAGCACGCCACAAGCACAGCCUGCCCUUCGUCGCGAGGCUUCUACCACGGCCUACAUGGAUAUUCUGUAA